CAGGAAGUAAACCGACUCACACCGUGCCCGUGUCGGGGAGGUCAGGUGGGAGGGAGUCCUGGGAAUUGUAAAGAUGGCGGCUUACGUGGCCAGGAGCCGGGCCUGGGGUGGAAUAAGGAGGUUCGGCCUUUCAGCAUACAGAAGGUACAGCAGCGGCGGGACUUACCCCAACAUCCCGCUUUCCUCCCCGUUACCCGGGGUGCCAAAGCCGGUUUUUGCAAGAGUUGACGGACAGGAGAAGUUUGAAACCAAGGUCACCACCCUGGAGAACGGGCUGCGGGUGGCAUCGCAGAAUAAGUUCGGACAGUUUUGUACGGUUGGAGUUUUAAUAAAUUCCGGUUCAAGGCACGAAACCAAGUACCUCAGCGGCAUCUCCCAUUUUCUGGAAAAACUCGCCUUUUCGUCGACGGCCCAGUUCGGGAGCAAAGAUGAAAUUCUUCUCACUCUUGAAAAACACGGCGGAAUUUGCGACUGUCAGACCUCCAGAGACACCACCAUGUACGCGGUUUCUGCAGACGCCAAGGGAUUAGACACCGUGGUCAGUCUGCUGGCUGAAGUUGUUCUGCGUCCCAGGCUGUCCGACGAGGAGAUUGACAUGACCCGUAUGGCCGUGCGUUUCGAGCUGGAGGAUCUUACCAUGAGACCAGACCCAGAACCUCUUCUCACAGAGAUGAUCCACGCUGCAGCAUAUCGGGAUAACACGGUGGGGCUGCCCAGGUUCUGCCCUGUGGAGAACAUUGAUAAGAUCGACCGGAAAACUUUGCACGGCUACAUGCACAACUACUACACCCCGGACAGAAUGGUGCUUGCCGGAGUGGGCAUAGAACACGAGCAGCUCCUGGAGUGUGCCAAGAAAUACCUCCUGGGCGUGGAGCCGGUGUGGGCAUCCGGCAAACCCAGGACCAUCGAUAAGUCCAUCUCUCAGUACACUGGAGGGAUCAUCAAGGUUGAGAAGGACAUGUCUGACGUCAGUUUGGGUCCAACCCCGAUCCCCGAACUCACGCAUAUCAUGAUCGGCCUGGAGAGCUGCUCCUUUUUGGAAGAUGACUUUAUCCCGUUUGCAGUUUUGAACAUGAUGAUGGGUGGCGGAGGUUCUUUCUCUGCAGGAGGACCUGGAAAGGGCAUGUUCACUCGACUCUACCUCAAUGUCCUCAACAGACACCACUGGAUGUACAACGCCACGUCGUAUCACCACAGUUACGAAGAUACGGGUCUACUGUGCAUCCACGCCAGCGCAGACCCGCGCCAGGUCAGGGAGAUGGUUGAAAUAAUCACCCGGGAAUUCACUCUGAUGGCCGGCUCUGUGGGAGAGGUGGAGUUGGAAAGAGCAAAGACCCAGCUGAAAUCCAUGCUGAUGAUGAACCUGGAGUCCAGACCGGUGAUUUUUGAGGACGUUGGGAGACAAGUGUUAGCCACGGGUACAAGGAAGCUACCCCACGAGCUCUGCGGUCUGAUCAGUGAGGUGAAAGCCAGCGACAUCAAGAGGGUCGCCACCAAGAUGUUACGGAAUAAGCCGGCCGUGGCCGCGUUAGGGGACCUCGCGGAGCUUCCGGACUAUGAUCAUAUCCAGGCCGCGCUCUCUAGUAAAGAUGGACGCCUGCCCCGGUCGUAUCGGCUUUUCCGAUAACACCCUCGAGUUUGUAAAAAGUGCUAAAAAUCACUGGAGAGGCAGAAAGGGAUUUUGGGCUUCAUCCCCAGGACAUCGGGACAAAGCUGUCUUCUGAGGCUCCUCACCGAACGGAUCAGGCAAAGCUUUAAUGUUUCUUUUUCCUCCUCGCCGGCAAAGUAAGUCCUGGACUCGCUUUAAAUGCAGGACACCUUCUGUGGAUUGCCGAAGGAGCCCUGAACCCCAAACUUAGCGGCAGAAAAGCCCAACCGCAGUGAAGCUGCCAUUCAUUCUGCUUUCUCAUCAAGCCGCAGGACUUACAAGUACGUCAACCUUGUCUGUUAGCGGAUGUCCCCUUGUUAGAAAAUCAAAAGUAUUUAGCAGGUAGGGGGUAGGUAUGGCCCUGUAACCCUUUCGUUGCCAGAGGGUGCAUUGUUCUGACAUCGAGAAGGUUAAAUCCCAGCGGCUCUCCUUUCUACAUGACCUCGUGGCCUUAAAGACGACUUGGCCACACCGGCUCGGAGAGUCCGGCUCUUAUGAGGUCCCACAGAUGAUUAGUUUGUGAAUAUGAAUCAAACUUUGUUUACUUGUCACAAUAAUGUUUUUUGGAGGGGGGGGUAUUUUAUUCCUUGGCCUAAUGUAGUUAUCAAUACAAUCUUUAAAAGAGAAAAUUAUACACCGGUUUCUGUCUGAAAUGCAGUCUUCUCUGUUGUUAAAGUUUACGUAGAUAAAACGGCAUUGCCUGCAAGAUCAUGAAA